UUUGGGGGCUUCUGGAAUGCGUUCACUUCCUCGGUUGCUAUGAUUAUUGCCACUGAAAUUGGCGACAAGACAUUCUUCAUUGCCGCGGUGCUCUCAAUGAAACACAGUCGAUCGGCGGUCUUUUUCGGGGCGAUAUUGGCGUUGAUUGUCAUGACUGUUUUGUCGACCGCAAUGGGUAUGAUGCUUCCCAAUUUUAUCCCUAAGGAAUACACACAUUUGCUUGGCGGACUCCUGUUCCUUUACUUCGGCUGCAAAUUGAUCUAUGAUAGUCGCCAAAUGGAGGCAGGUAAGACAUCUGAAGAAUUAGAAGAGGUAGAGGAAGAGCUGUUGCAGCAAGGGAAGAAAAAGGCUGAUUUAGAAGAAGGGUCACGCUCAAACCGACCUCCUUCAAAAAAACAAAUGGGAUGGAACCAGGUUGUCAUUCAAUCAUUGACGCUAACUUUCGUUGCCGAAUGGGGCGAUCGCUCCCAGAUAGCUACAAUUGCUUUAGCAGCAUCUAAAAACCCUAUUGGCGUCACGAUUGGCGGCUGCGUUGGACAUUCUUUGUGCACUGGAUUAGCGGUAGUUGGUGGACGUAUGCUGGCCGCUCGCAUUUCUGAAAAGACGGUGAGCCUACUCGGAGGUCUAAUCUUCUUGAUCUUUGGAAUCCACUCU